AUGAUGAACAGGCACAAGGCUGCCGGUGUUCCCAAGGGCGCCGGCAUCCUGAAUGCCCUGAAGGCAAUGGAGAUGAUUGAUGUGAAAUCAAAGCUCCCUGCUGAGAUUUUCAACCACGUUCUCGAUUAUUUACCAAUCGCCGACCAGCUACGCGUGGCACGAACGUCUCGUAAAUUACAAGAAAUGGUGUACGACGACACAAGAUGGGUGUCGCGGCUAAAGAGCAUGAAUUGCUGGGACGAAAGAGAAGCAAGGAGGCGGUUUGAAGAGUCUCUGCGUAAGAGGAGAGAGGCUGCGAAGAGGGCUUCACAAGCUGCAGCUGCUCAAGUGGGGGGUGCGACCAGAGGCCAGCUACAAGCAACGACAUUGUUUGACGCGUCUGUCGAAGAGCAGAAGCGCAGAAGGGCCGUGUCUGAGCUGCGAGACGGGUUUGAGACGCUGAGUGUUGCCGGUGGCGGAGUUGCUUCAGGGAACGACGUGCCCCAGGACUCGGAUGCUUAUCUGGAGGUGUUUAAGAAUGCGAAGAGCAUACGAGGCGCCGCGAGGCAAGAGUACGGCAAGAUAUACGGCGCCCUGGCACCGUUUUAUCUGGACAUUGUCAAAGCCAAGACGCACGCUGAUCCGAUUGUGUUCAAGGCUUUCCGUGAUCCGGAACGACAGGCACAAAUGCUGGCGAACUUGCUGCGGUUCGCAAAGAGCGACUGGUCGUCGGGGUGUGACGAGAGGGAACAAAAGCUCAUUAAUAUGAUGGGGUUGUUUGAAAGCGCGGUACUACGAGAGUUUGAGCAGGGCUAUGAAUUCUGGGACGUGGAUGGGCGCAUGAAGCGGUAUGCGCAUGUCUUGCACACGUUGAGUGGUGCAAGGGGUGGCAUCGACUUGUUCAUUCACAAGCAUCCCAUUUUCAGCGAUCGCGAGUUGACGCUGAACCCGGUAGAGUGUCUGAAUGGUGUCGCGGUAGAUGAAAUCUCAUUAGAGCCGUCACGGAGGUUCUUUGGCGUGUUGUUGGCCAAGGUCAAUGAACAGGCCGGUGUUAUUGAUCGCAUCUUUCCGAAUGCAAAUGAGGUGUUUUGGGAAUUUGUCGACAAGGUGAGAGAGGAUGUCAUCAUGGAGUACACCACGCCGCUUUUUGACGAGAGCCACGAAAGAAGCAUAUCAGCGUAUUUGAAAGCCAUUUCUGGUGUCUUCGAGCAGUCCAUGCGCUUCUUUCAAUCGCUGACGCCGCCGCCGCCGAAGGAGGUGAAGGACACUGAAGCAGAUGAUGUCUUGUUUUUGAAAGCUAAAGAGCUCUCGCUGAAACUGUUUGAACCACAUCUCGAUCUAUACCUGCAGGAAGAGCUGGACUUCUUCACCAAGCAUGCGGAAAUGGUGGUAUCGCAGUGGGAGAAGAAGCUGUCCGAGGAGGACUCGUCCCUCGAGUCAUUUUAUAUGGCCAAUGUGAAUCGGUCUGCUGAAAAGUCAGACUUUUUGAGCUCCUUCAAAAAGGUGGUCAUGAUGCCAGUCACGGUGCUGCCCAGUUUCCCCAUGGGCUCGCCAUUUGCGACGGCGAAGCCGACUGCGUCUACCUCCACGUCUGCGGCGGGGAAUGCCUCGACGGCUGUGACACCAAUGCCCUCGCGGCCGGAAACACCGGGUGUUGGUGGGCGGGCUAGUCCUAUGCCCGGGUCAGGCAAGGCACCUACCGAUGAGCUGGCGGCCAAGGCAGCCAUCAUGGCGUCGAAACUCGAGGGCAUCAAGUCCCUCUGCAGCAUCGAGGUGGCCCUGAACCUGGUGCAUCUGGCGAAGACCAGUCUGGGCCGAGCAGCAGUCUUGAUUCCCCUCGGGGGGCAGGUCGGCGGCGAAGCAAAGGAGCAAUGUGCGACCAUGUUCGUCGUGCUGCUCCGUAUCCUAGGCCAACGACACGUCAGGAGCGGCUUUGAAAUCGCCGUGAGCCACCUGUCCAACUACAAUCCACGGGACGUAAGCGACCACAGCCAAAAGGGCGUGGCGCCGCUAGUCACCUUCAUCGAGCUCGUCAACGUGGGCGACCUGAUAUCGCAGAUGAUUGACGUUUUUUACGAACAGCAGCUGGCGGCGCCGAAAAUCGCAGACAAGAACGACUUCCUGGACCCGGCCAGCUUGGCCAAGAAGAAGUUUGAGCAGAUGCUCGACGAGAGCGUCGCGGCCGGUCUCAACAAGGGCAUCGACGUGCUCAUGGACGAGGUGGAAUACCUGCAGUCCACCACGCAGCUCCCGACCGACUACAACCCGCGUCCCGUGUCUGCGCUCUCGGCGGUGUCGGCGCCGGCUCUCCCCAACGCGGCGGCGUCGGAACCGGACAUUGGUCCGACACAGACGGCCCGGCGCAUCGUCCAGCUCGUCUCGUCGCACACGAGCAUGCUCGUCGGCACCACGGACAAGGCCAUGCUGGACGUGUUCAACGGCGAAGUCGGCCUGCGUCUGUUCACGGCGAUAUGCAAACACCUCAAGCGGCAGCGCAUCUCGACCGACGGCGCCAUCAAGCUGAUUGCCGACAUGAACCUGUACGCAGACUACGUACGCGGGCUGAAGCACCCGGAUCUGGUGGCGUAUUUCGCGGCGCUCCGGGAGCUGAGCCAGAUCUAUCUGAUUGACGCGGCGCACGCCAAGGACAUGGCGGCGGUGAUUGCGGACGGCGACCGGUUCGGCGGCGUGUUCAGGGCCGAGGAGGUGUACGAGUAUGCGCAGAGGAGGGCCGACUGGUACCAGGUGAAGCGGAGCGUGGAGAGGGCCAUGUACGGCAUGGACUGUGUGCUAAUGUGA